AUGCUGCGCAAUCGAGUUUGCAAAUGUCCUUGCAAACCUGCAAACCAAAAUCUUCCUUGCGCGUAUGCAGGUGAAUUUGCUGUAUUUGCCACUUUCUGUUUGGCGAAUGCACUGCAGAAUGUCACCGAUGGACCUCUAACGAAAAGUUCACUUGCCCGUUCAGUUUAUGCAUCUUCAUUGCCGCGAAGUUGUGCAGAAGCAUUCGCAGCCGCUCGUAGCAGAGCACAGAGUGGCAUCUAUCAGUUAUACCUGCCAGAAUGGUUUGAACACCCGUUCUACGUAUACUGCCUAAAGGAUCCUAAUGGUGGCGAUGCUUGGACAGUAUUUCAGCGUCGCCAGGACGGAUUGGUGAAUUUUUAUCGCACUUGGCGAGACUAUCAAACUGGCUUUGGUAAUUUGGAUGGCAAUUUCUUUAUUGGCUUGGAUAAGUUGCAUGCCUUGACUCAAGUGGAGUUGCAAGAGUUGUGGAUUGAAAUGAUGGAUUAUACGGGCACACAUGUGCAUGCGAAUUAUGAAAGUUUCGCUGUGGCCGACGAGGAGGAGAAGUAUGCGCUGAAUAUUAUAGGCAAAUAUUCGGGCACUGCCGGAGAGGCGCUAAAAGAUUUUCAUGAUGGUCAAAAAUUUAGUACUUUCGAUGAGGAUAACGAUGAGUAUGUGGACAACUGCGCCGAGGUUUGGAAAGGAGCUUGGUGGUACAAAGACUGUUGGUGGAGUAAUUUGAAUGGCAUGUACAACAACUCAUUAUUUUGGAAUGGACGCUUUCCAAACAAUAUGAAGUACACCCACAUGGCUAUAAGGCCGAAGAAACGGCUAUAA